AUGGCUCUCCAACCGAACCUGACGUCCAAUGUGACGAUUAAUGGAAAAGAUUACAACACCUACACAGAGCCAUCAGUUGCUUUGGCUGGAGAGCGUGCUAAAACCAAGUUUGAUGUCCGACAACUAACAUACUUUUUGGACGGCGGUAAAGAGAUCACUGAAAAGCUGGAGUCAUUUGCAACCACCAUCGAGCGAGAUCCUACUUUCUCAAAUGAUGAUAGCUAUGACUUGCCUCUCGAGAAGGCUCGUGAGGUGACGAUGAAGCAUGUUGCGAAAGUGGCAGAAUAUACCUUCCAGGUGAGCGGUGAUGUUCAAGAAAUUGCCCGAAGAAUGUCAAUUGUGUCCUUGGUUAGUCAAAGCGCACUGACUAGAAUCAGAAUUUACCUGGGCCUAUUUAUGAAUGGUAUCCGAGGAUCAGGCACUGACGCGCAAAUCUCAUACUGGGAAUCGAAGGGCGCUAGCAAUGCUAAGAAAUUCUAUGGAUGUUUUGCGAUGACUGAGCUGGGUCACGGUUCCAAUGUCGCUGGUUUAGAGACUACUGCAACAUUUGACCGUCAAACUGAUGAGUUCAUUAUCAACACUCCUCAUUCAGGUGCUUGUAAAUGGUGGAUCGGUGGUGCUGCUCAUACUGCCACCCAUGCGCUUGUAUUUGCGAGAUUAAUUGUUGAUGGAAAAGAUUACGGUGUCAAAAACUUUGUAGUUCCUUUGCGCAAUGUUCAUGACCAUAGUCUCAAACAGGGUAUUGCUCUGGGAGAUAUCGGCAAGAAGAUGGGUAGAGAUGGCGUUGAUAAUGGUUGGAUCCAGUUCUCAAAUGUCCGUAUUCCGCGUACCUUUAUGCUCAUGAGGUACGCCAAAGUCGACCGCAACGGUAAGGUCACUGAGCCCCCAAUGGCACAAUUGGCAUACGGCCCUCUUAUAAUAGGUCGUGUUAACAUUUCCUUAGACUCUUUCAGUGUGGGAAAAAGGUUUAUCACAAUUGCCAUUCGAUAUGCAGCAGCUCGGAGACAGUUUGGAUCAGAUCCCCACGCCCCUGAAUCGAAGAUUUUGGAUUACACGCAUCACCAAAGACGACUGCUACCACGACUUGCUUACUUAUAUGCUAUGAAGGCUGGUGUUGAUGAGCUCCUUGACCUUCAAUACUCUACCACAAGUAAACUAGACAACCUGCAAACAAGUUCUGAUAAGGCUACUUUGAGCUCGGUAUUAGCUGAUUUGAAGGAUCUGUUCGCCCAAUCAGCGGGAAUCAAAGCAUUCUCAACCUGGGCUACUUCGGAAAUAAUUGACGAGUGUAGACAGGCGUGCGGUGGCCACGGUUACAGUGCUUACAAUGGAUUUGGCCAAGGAUACGGUGAUUGGGCAGUGAACUGUACUUGGGAAGGUGACAACAAUGUUCUCUGUUUAUCUAAUGGCAGAGCGUUGAUCCAAAAGGGACUGAAGAAAACUCUGCCAGUACGUUGUAAAUCACUUGGUAGACGUGAUAUUCGGGACUUUGAUGUAAUUCUUGAAGCAUGGGAGUCUGUAUCUUCUCAAGCGAUCAAUCAUGCGGUUGCACUAUAUCGAGAAUUGACCAAGUCCCUCAACCCCACUCAAGCAUUUGAAGAGUUAUCUCAACACCGCUUUGAAAUUGCUCGUAUCAAUACUAGAUAUUUCUUUGUUCGGGCAUUUAUUAACAGAAUUCAGAAGGCAAAGGAUGAUGGUACUGAUGGUAGCAUCAUUGAUGUCCUUUCUGAUUUGGCCAGGUUAUUUUCUCUAUGGUCCAUUGAGAAAGAGGGCGCUUUCUUGAAGUAUGGAUUCAUUACAUCUGAUCAAUUGGAUCAAAUCACUGAUCAUGUUGAUUCUUAUUGCAAGCGUGUACGGGAACAAGCAAUCGGUUUGACUGAUGCCUUCAACCUCAGUGACUUCAUGAUCAACUCGCCUAUUGGAAAUUAUGAUGGUGAUGUUUAUAAGAAUUAUUUUUCUAAGGUCACAAGAAGGAACAAUCCGAGAAAGAAUUUCAAGGCACCAUAUCAUGAUCAGCUCAUUAAACCUUUCCUUUUCAGAAAGGAGGAUUCACCUAUCGACCGGUCGGAAUUGGAGUAA